AUGGACCAAACUUAUCAACAAGAAUUCCAAAAGAUGCAAGAAUUUGAUGCAUGCUGUCAAAAUGGCAGAUUUGAGGAUAUGCCAUUGAGCAACGAGCUCCUUGAUUGCUUCGAUAUGGAUUUCUAUCAAGCAACAACGCCUGGGUGUCUUCCGUCACCCAACUCCUCCAACCCUGAUUUACCUGGCAGUGGUCGACAGAGUCCAUUUGCAAGCGGAUAUGGCUCCCAGCCAAGCGAUGGAAGCUCGGGUACGGACAGCAAUCCCUCGGGCCUACACCUACUACAACAAUCGCACGAGUCGCGCACACAUACAAGCUCGAAUACAAGCAACGGCCACCCCAGCGCAAAUCAAAGCUUCUCGAAUGCAAGCAACAAUUCCCCAAAAACACUCGUGCAACAGGGGGAAUCCUCAAUGACAAGCGCGAGUUCUACCAAUGCGAGACAAAGUCAAACUCACAUUGCACCCUCUGGAGGCCUACUUUGUGUUCCAAACAAUUCGUUCCAGAACCAUGCAGCUACAGCAUCAUCGAAUGAUCCUUUUGAGCAAACAACACCAACUGGGAGGCCAAUGUCAACACAUGUACCAAUUGCACCCAAAGUACUGAACAACACAUCUUCCGCUAGCGUACCCGCUGAGAUACAAGCUUCACCGACAUUGAAGCCUCAGCACUUUGUACGACAUCCUUCACAUUUACGCCAUCAAAUUCAUCCUCAGCUACCACAAUUUUCACCGUUUGAUACGACUGCUUCAGGUAUCUUUACUACCGACCAAGUGCCAGACACCAUGUCACUUAACUAUGGCUUCACCGACGGCCAAGCGCCUAACGUGUCACUAUCUCAUGGUGACUACCAAAAUGUACAGCAUGCAUCGAAUAGGCCCCCAUUCCGUCGGAUCGCCAGCGCACAAAAUCCAAGCCGAGGAUCUCAAGUCUUGCAGAACCAUCAGCCUUUUCAAGAGAGCAGCUUAAGAACUUCAGUGACAUCAAACUCGGGACAAAAUCCUUGGGAAGCUGGGCAUUUCCAGAAGCCACAGUAUCCCGACCCCCAACCAAUGUUCCAACAACAAUCCAUUCGCUCGCCGUACAUGGGCCAUCACCACCUCUCAGGGUCCCCAGGGAAGUCAAUGCCCAGCCACUCACCGAAGCAGUAUCGUAUGCAACUUAGCGACACUCGAGAUGCGCGUUUCAUGAGCCAGGAACCGACGGAUUCCGGCUUCAACGGGUCGAGCCCAAUGAGCGUAAAGCGCGAGCUGUCUUCACCUGGUUCGGAUCACGUGGUGUCCACCCCCAACUUCAAGAGUCAAAUGGCCCCGCGGGAGAUACAGAAGAAGCGACGCGUAAAGCAGGAAUUGAAGAGUAAUGAUGACAACGAGGCGGUCAUCGAUCCCGUCGCGCUUCAAACAGCGGAUUUGACGCACUUGAGCCCAACAGAUCACACCAAUGUCGCAGCACUGGUUGAUGCAAUGCAUAAUACAGACAACGUUGAGGACAAUCUAGGCAUGCAGAAAACCUGGGAGAAAGUUCGCAAGGCCAAAGCGUUGAGAAUUAGAGAAGUAUGCGUGGACUUGUUGAAUUUGACUAAGCAAGCUCAACAACAAGAGGGAACUCCUCUGGGGGAAAAGAGACCUAUCAAUCAGUAUGCAUCAUUUGAGAAGCGUUUCGAUGCCUUGUGCGAGACUCUUACGUUUCAAAAGACGGUGUGCAAGCAUUUGAUAGAGCCUCCUUACUCUUACAGUGUGGUUGACGAUCCGCAAUACGCGAAAGAUCGCGUCAAGAACAACCGCCGAGUCAAUUAUCAGAAGGCAGAGGCAAUCCGUCUAGGGCGUGAGCAUCUGGGUGAGAAAGGUCAGGGCAAAGGAAAGCCCAUGAUAAAGACGAAGAAGCGUGGACAAGCCCAAAUGGAAGAUGAUCAAGAUGACGAGGAGAAUUCGGGUGACGAGCCGUUAAGUGACGGAGAAACGGAUAGGUCGCUUUCCGUGCUUGAACCCAAGGUUGCUCGUCCGAAUCCUCAUACUCCUAAGAGGACUAAGCCGGUAAGUCACUCGAAAUAUCAGUCUAUUGAUGGCGUGAUGGUUGAUACUUCCCAACCUCAGUCUACAAACAGCAACCAGCAUCACGAGCAGAAAGCCAGCCUUGAAGCCGCAUAUUUACUACAGGCUCAGAAUCUGGAAGACCCCUUCGCUCAAGACUUGCACCAGAACAUUUAUGCUUCCCCUCAGCGGCCGGAACACGACCGAACGCUCCAUAGACUUGCCGCCAGUCAGCAAAUGCCCACUCCGGAUCAACACUGCGACUUUCAAUCCAGCAAUGAAACCGGGGACGUUUUUUACGGAGACAACUCCACCGGUGGCAGUGACAGUGAGGGCCUUGGCGGUAUCGGCUACGGAUAUAGUUGA